AUGGUCAAAACUGCCCACCUGUGCCCUUUUGCAGGUGAUGAGGAGAUCCCAGGACCACCGGAUGGCACGAUAGAUGGUGAUUUUAUACCUCCAGAGCAAAGUCUUGGUUUCGCAUGCGUACUAGCGUUGCCCUCCGGACUUCUCGGCCCGGAGGCCUAUCUGGGAAACCGAAAGCUUGCUUCUGGGAACGUAGUUCCCCACGGUGCUGUCGUCCGGUUCCACUGCCCCAUACCGCGCUACUACAGGCUAGAUGGCGCUGCUGCGACUCAGUGCGUGGACGGAGAUUUCAACCAGACUUCUCCGACAUGUGAACCAGGCAUCAUAGCUCGUAGGUUGGUGGUCGACGUGGAAGCCGAAUACGUAAUCGGUCCCGGUGGGCUGUACGUGGUGCCGCCUGGCGUGCCUGUAAAGAUGGACUGCUACAAAACUUUGACAACUGGUGGAAAGGCACCAGAAUGGCAAUGGGAGGCGAACAGAGAGGUAUUCGUGAAGGAGGACAGUUUCUUGGGCAGCAAGUCAUCGUCUCUUCGGCUGGACACCGUGGAAGGCACGAAGGGUGUCUUCGUCUGCUCAAACCAGCAGGAGGAAGUUAUUGUUCGCUUGGAAGCCAGAGGUGACCGCUGUCUAGGUAUUCCUCGCUGCCCGGGACUGAGGGUUCGUUCGAACACCCUCAAAGCGGACUUUGCUUGUCAACCCCCGGGAAUCCUGCAGGGGCCCCUGAGUGCGCGCUGCCAACAUUUCAGAGACUGGGACGUGCCUGCGCCUAAAUGCCUCUACAAGACAUGCAGUCCACAGGACCGUUCGACGCCUCCACGAUUCCCUUGCACCCUACCAGAGAUUUCCGGGGCCUUGGUAGCGUUCGCCGGCAACGCAGGGCGCGUUCGGUCUGGCGAUGUCAUUGAAUCUGGCCAAUGGGUGCAGUUCCACUGCCAUCCCGUCGGCAUAUACUUGUUGGCUGGUCAAAACAAACUGACAUGCGACGAUGGAAAGUGGGACCAUGAUGUGCCCAUCUGCGCUCUCAGCACAACCAACACAGUGUUGGUGAUGCUGGACUUUGCGCACAGCAUUGGGCCCGGCGGUGUUGUGCACGUGCUGCCUUACACUGACGUCAUCAUGCGAUGCGUGUCGACUGACAAGAAGGCGCCUCCAAGUUGGACGCACGAAGUCAUCGAUACCAAAGUUGUCGAACGGAAGACGUCGGAGCGGCAUACUUCGACAACAAGACUGAUUUUUCGAACAACCGAGAAUACAACGGGAACUUUUACUUGCCAUUCGAAAGGCGCCAGACGAUCGCCAGAGACAAAGCAGAUACGAUUGGUUACAACAGCUCCAGUCUGCCCAGAAAUAGCAGAAAGCGGAGGCCUGCGCGUACGAGCCAACUUCGAGAUGGCUGUCUUCGCGUGCGAUCCACCAGGUGUUUUGAUUGGUUCACCCGUGCUUCGCUGCCAGGUCUUCGGUCAAUGGAACCAUCCCGUGCCGUACUGCUUUUACAGGGAGUGCGAACAUGGCAACGCCUCGCAGCCAACGACCCCAACGCCUUCAACCAGCUCCUCGCCAGAUGACGAGCAACUUACAACCGCGAAGCCCCCAGUCCCAACGCUACCUGCCGUCAGUAGUACGCGGCGCCCAGCCACGACGUCUCCUCCGAAGAAGGCUGUCCCGGACAGUUCUACCGCGAGCCCACCGCCGUCCGACCAGUCUUCGCUUCCGACGUGCCCCGAAGAAAGCGGCAUUUUUCCUCACCCGAGCGAUUGCUCAAAGUUCGUGCACUGUUCGUUCGGGAAGCCGAACGUCAUCCAGUGCCCCGGGGAAACAGUUUUCAACCCCGUUCACAAGGUGUGCGAUUCCCGAACUGCAGUGACUUGUCCAUAGUCCAUAGUUCUUUCUGUGUGUCAUGCCAUAUACACUGUAAACUGGAAAACACCCUUAUGGGUGUAAAUGGCUUGUCCUAUAACUGACACCUCUUUUUACACCGUACAUGGUCUGGAACACCCUUUUUAGAGGGUGUAUUCCGUGUAAAUCACCCCUGGAAAGGGCGCUUUUCUUUGAAAAUGCCCUCUUUUGCACCCUUUAAACACCCUUUUAGGACGGUGUAAGAUCGUUAAACACCCUCCUAAAAA